GCGCAUCGCUGCGAUCCUCACAUCAGCGGCUCCAGAUUCGACCUUCCAGUUGCUCACGGAUCACCAACGACUUCAGCCAUGGACUGGGAAUCAUUGGCGCACGCUAAUUUCGAAGCAAUUGACAUGGACAACGACGGCUUCAUUUCGUAUGCCGACUACCAUGACUUCUUGGAAAUGAACGGUGUGGAUCAAGACUGCACCAGUGUGGACAAAAACAAAGAUGGCAAGAUCUCUUUCGAAGAGUUCUCUGAAUUCUACAAGAAGGACUCUGACCAGCAGAAGGAGAAGCUGAAGCUGAAAAAGUGAACUCCAAGGACAUGGCUGCGGGUGAAAGGGUUGCUCUUAGUUUGUUAGACUUCCACUGCUUGCUUCUUAAUCAUCAUGACCAGUGUCAACUCUACCACUAAGUAUUAGGCAUAUUAAUGAUGUAUUGAUUCAUUCAAAUUAAUUUGUACUCUCUCAUCCAUGCCACCAAUCGGUCGUGCAAGAAUCAGUCAUUUAAGUGUUAUUGCAUAUUGUAUGCAAACAUUACCUUCAUGCUGAGCAAAUGAAAUUGUGACAUGUCACCGAAUCAUAGACAGUAAUCUUGACAUGCCUAAUAAACAAGGUACUGCUGCUAUUCACAGCUAUUACUACUAUACCUGACACUACUGCUAAUUAGCACUACCACUAAGGCUCCAUUGAAAUGUACAUUUAGUAAAAAGGCAUUUCAAUAUUUCAAAUGUACUGUGCUGCACGACAUACUGGCACCAUUAUUGCAAAUGGCACAAUGACACAAACUCCAAAGAGGCAUAAUGCAUCAAUCCACUAUGAAAUAAACACCGUGUGCAUUGGCUCAGUGCAGUACACGUACUCACAAAACCAGUAACAAAUCACUCUUGAAAACUAAUUACAAAAUGCUGGACGUGGCUUGGUAACCUGAAGAGCAGCAGUGUACAGAAUGCUAACCCGGUUCUGUCAGCAAAUACAGCCCAGCGCUCUUGAGGGGGUGUCCCAUGUGCAAUGAUUACAGAGAAAUUAACGCUGAAUUAGGUUUUUCAUGUGCAUUGAAAUAAACCCUCCCUUGCUAAAAUUAAA